AUGGCACCGAGGAAAACCUACGAGCUUCAAACCACGAACAAAAAGCGCACCAAGGCAACCAUCACCGAGACAAAUUCCUCGCAACCCUUAUUUGAGCUCGAUCUAGGCUUCAUCACCGGCGAUAUAAAAAGGAGCCAAGGCAAGCACAGCAUCAUUUUGCAAACACCCAGCUCAGACGCUUCCGUUCCGUCGCGCACUGUUGGCGUUUGCGACAUACAAUUUAGUUCCCUUUCAAAACCCAUACACAUCGGGCUGGGCGACCCUGAAAAUGCACCCAGUGAUGUAAGAUGGGAGGAUUUGCUUGUUACAAAAAAACUCACCGCGGGUAAUGUCGCUGUAGGAUCAGCGGGCGGUUUGGAGCUGAACAUCGAUCUUGGUGAAGAGGUUGGGCAGAGAAGCUUUUUCUGGAAGCGGACGAGUGAGAUCGAGGGUGUCUCGGCGAUCGGUGGAAAGAUGGACUGGCUUCACUUGAAGAUGAUAGAAAAAGACAGCGGUAAGGCGGUGGCGUACUUCAAGCACAAUUUCCUGUUUGGAUCGAAGAGAGGGACAUUCAUACUUGAGGAAUUUAAUGGGGGAAAUGAGUGGGAGAAGAUUGUUAUGCUGAGCGGGUGCGCAGUUCUUGAAUACAUGCGCAAAAUGACUGGGUGGUCGUGGUGA